UGCCUUACCCCUAUCUCUUUACACGACUGCCAACCCGUCUAUAGAGUUAUUCCAGGAAUGUGUUGAACAUGGCUGCCGCGAUGAAGGCACAGAAAACUGGACUGUUGGAACUUCGAGUUACCGUGGACCGUUGGAUCCGUGUAUUAGCCACACUUACGGAGGAGACUUUAACCGUGAGCCCCGGAGAGGUCGCCGAAGAACCAGUGAAACCCAACCCAACUCCCGCCGGUGACAUUAAUGGAGACCCAGCCAACCUCAGCUCCUUUCCCGUCCCAGAAACUAUCACCAACGUUAAGCGCACGGUGAGAGUUACAAAGCAAGAUGUGGGAGGACUUGGAAUUAGUAUUAAAGGUGGGAAAGAGAAUAAAAUGCCUAUUCUCAUCUCGAAGAUCUUCAAAGGGUUGGCUGCUGACCAGACAGAGGCCCUGUACGUGGGUGACGCCAUCCUUUCGGUCAACGGCUCUGACCUCCGGGAGGCCACACACGAUGAUGCCGUGCAGGCUCUAAAGAAGACGGGCAAGGAGGUCAUCCUAGAGGUGAAAUACAUCAAGGAGAUGUCAGCCUUCUUUAAGAACACCUUGCCCGGUGCACCCCUACCCUGGGACUCCCCCCAUGCCACGCCACAGAAGGGCGCAGACGCCCCCCCUACCGAGCUGAAGGAGGCCAGGACCAUCCCCCUGAAAAUGUGCCAGGUGACCAGGAAGCAGUGCCCCCCGGACACAGAGAACAGGUACUUUGAGGUGAUCUCGUCCAGCAGAAAGAGCUCGGUGUUCCUGAGGGCCAAGGACCCUGCCAUGGCCCAGUCCUGGUAUAACGCCAUCCAAGCCGGGGUUUCGGCCCUGGUGCCCCGAGUCAGAGAUGAGCUGAGGGCCAUGCAGGCGGGCCUGGAGGUCAAACACAUGGGAUGGAUCACUGAGCAGGCGACCCAGGGUCCAGAGAGACCGGUGCUGGCUCUGCUGACUGAGAGAGACCUGUUGCUGUACCCCACCCUUCCUGACAGUAAAGACGGCAUCAACAGCCCAGCCAAGAGCCACCCGCUCAUCACAACUAGACUGGUCCACUCAGGACCGGGGAAAAGCUCUCCCCUGCUGGACUCGGAGCUCUCCUUUGGGCUGCGCACCGGCACCAAACAGGGCGUGGAGACCCACUUGUUCCGGGUGGACUCGGCCAAGGAGCUUUCGGCCUGGACCCACAUGCUGGUGGACGGAUGCCACAACGCCGCCGAGCUCAUCCAGGAGGUCACCACAGCCUGCAGCUGGAACGGGAAGGAGUGCAACCUGGGAGUGCACAUCGACGAGGGCUUUAGUCUGUUCACUGAGGAGAUGGGCAUCAGAAAAACGGUGCUCCUCCAGCAACCCUUUGAGCGUCUGCGCAUGUCCUCCGAUGACGGUGUACACAUGAUCUUCCUCGACUUUGGAGGGCCAGAGGCGGAGAUUCAACUGGACCUCCACUCCUGCCCCAAGACCAUGGUGUUCAUCAUCCACUCCUUCCUCUCUGCUAAGGUCAAGCGGCUAGGCCUGUUAGCAUGAUAACAGAUUGACCUGCAACGCCUCUGCCCACCCUGAAAAACCACCAAACCACCGAAGCGUAUUUACACGAAGCCAUGACUCUAACAUUAGGAGGAUGUGAUAUCACUACAGAGGACAUGUCACCACUCUGUUUUAAACCGCCAACAACAGACAGCAUUGAUGUUACAAAAAUCAUGACGGCUUCUAAAUUUGUUACAGAAUUUUCAAAUGUUACCUGCACUGUUUACUGAUUGAAUUAUUCAGAGAGGUUUGUGUUUUAUCAUCCUAAAUGUUACUUUUAUGUUUUGGCCGCCAUUUUGAGAAACAUUAUUUUAUGUCUGCUAUUAAGGAUGUUUUCCAAGUGCUGAUUCAGAGACAUUUUGAGUGCAGCAAAAAGCCUUUUGAGUCUCCCUGCAUUUCUUUAGUAGAUUCAUAAAUGUUUCCCAUAGCCAAUAUCAACAUGAAGAUAAACUAUAUGUCAUAAAGCUGAUUUAAACUUAACCCCUAAAUGGAUUAUUGCCACUGUUAAGUGAAAUUACUAAACAAAAACCCCAUUCUCCAACUAACUUGAAUGACCUUAUGCAUAAGAAUACUAUGCCUUCGUAUCGAUACAAUAUAUACAUAUUUUGACACUAUAUAACUUCUGACACGAAGUUCACCCUCUAGAUCAUUUGAAUUUUGAUGAAAGAGGGAUGGAGUAGUUCUAACGUUGGUAUUACCAAAGCCUUAUAGCUGUAGGUGUUUGGACCUAGAAACCUACAGUGCCUUCAUAAAGUAUAACUUUUUUUAACUUGUUCCACAGUGUGUUGUGUUACAGCCUGCCUACAUGAAAAAUGGAUUAAAUAUUUUUUUUCUCAUCCAUCUACACACAAAACCCCGUAAUGACAAAGUGAAAACAUGUUUUUAGAAAUUUUUGCAAAUGUAUUGAAAUGCAGAAAUAUCUCAUUUACAUAAGUAUUCACACCCAUGAGAUGUGUUAGAAUCACCUUUGUCAGUGAUUACAGAGUCUUUCUGGGUAAAGUCUCUAAGAGCUGUGCACACCUGGAUUGCACAAUAUUUGCACAUCAUUAUUUUUACAUUUCUACAAGCUCUGUCAAGUUGGUUGUUGAUCAUUGCUAGACAGCCAUUUUCAAGUCUUGACUUUAACCAGGCCACUCAGGAUCAUUCCAUGUUGUCUUGUUAAGCAACUCCAGUUUAUAUUUGGCCUUUUAGGUUGUUGUCCUGCUGAAAGAUGAAUUUGUCUCCCCGUGUCUGUUGGAAAGCAGACUGAACCAGGAUUUCCUUUAGGAUUUUGCCUGUGCUUUAGUAGCUCCAUUGCAGAGGACAAGCAUACCCAUAAUAUGAUUCAGCCACCACCAUGCUUGAAGAAAAGUGGUACUCAGUGAGGUGUUGUAUUUGCCCCAAACAUAACACUUUGUAUGUAGAACAUAACAAUAAUGUAUUUUCCACGUGUUUUCCCAUAUUACUUUAGUGCCUUGUUGCGAACAGGAUGCAUGUUUUGGAAUAUCUUUAUUCUGUACAGGCUUCCUUCUUUUCACUCUGUCAUUUAGUUUAGUAUUGUGGAGUAACUCUAAUGUUGUUGAUCCAUCCUCAGUUUUAUCCUCUAGCAGCCAUUAAACUGUAACUGUUUUAAAGUCACCAUUGGCCUCAUGGUAAAAUCCCUGAGCGGUUUCCUUCCUCUCCGGCAACUGAGUUAGGAAGGACUCCUGUAUCUUUGUAGUGACUGGGUGUAUUAAUACACCAUCCUAAGUGUAAUUAAUAACUUCACUAUGCUCAAAGGGAUGUAAAAUUUCAGCUUUUUUAUUUUUACCCAUCUACCAAUAGGUGCCCUUCUUUGCGAAGCAUUGGAAAACCUCUGGUCUUUGUGGUUGAAUAUGUUUUUGAAAUGCACUGCUCGACAGAGGGACCUUACAGAUAAUACAUUGUAUGUGUGGGGUACAGAGACGAGGUCAUCAUUCAAAAAUCAUGUUAAACAUUAUUAUUGCACACAGAGUGAGUCCAUGCAACUUAUUAUGUGACUAUUAAUUAAGCACAUUUGUACUCCUGAACUUAUUUAGGCUUGUCAUAACAAAGGGGUUGAAUACUUAUUGACUCAAGACAUUUCAGCUUUUCAUUUUCAACAAAUUUGUGAACAUUUCUAAAAACAAUUCCGCUUUGACAUUAUGGGGUAUUGUAUGUAGGUCAGUGACACAAAAUCUCAAUUUAAUCCAUUUUAAAUUCAGGCUGUAACACAACAAAAUGUGGAAAAAGUGUGAAUACUUUCUGAAGGAACUGUAUGUAUAUAUUUAGGUCUGGGUAUAACAUUAUCAAUUAAUACAUUGAUAGUGUUUCAUAUUGAAACAGCAAUGAGUUCUCAGAAUAUAUGCAGCAGGUACUGAGAUGAUAUAUUGAAACCGUCCUUACAAAGCUAGUUGAAUUUGUCUUAACGACUAUGCAUUUGAGAGAUAUCAGCUUGUUGUGGCGUAAUGGUGCGGUUUUCAUACAGCUUUAGUCUUUUUGUUAGUGUGUGCAUUUACGGAAAUCAUCGCAAACCAACUGAAAAUGAACAAAAAUGGCAUCUAUAUUUUACAUGACAAUGUGUUCAAUUGACCCCAUUUCUUUUGUGUCAAUGGGAUAUCCACAAUUCGUGGCCUUCUCUCUACAAUGCUAAACAAACUUAUAUUAAUAUAUUUCAAAACUAAAACUUUUUUGCUUUCACGAAUACAAAUGUAUUGUAUAUUCUUAUUUAAACAAAAGGUGUGCCUUGCAGGGUUGUUUGUAUAUAAAAGUGUAAUAAACUUUGUUAACUUUUA